AUUCUUUGCGCAUCUAAUUUUUGAAACACUAAUAUGGUAUCAUCACUGUGACAACCUUCUUCACUCUUCCACAUGCCAUUUUCUUUCAAUUCUUGCUCAUCUUCUUGAUUGACCAUGGAAAAUUCAAACCAAAACAAUUCAUCACCGGAUCAUCUAGUAAAUUCGAAAAAUCCACUAUACCUUCAUCCUAGAGAAAAUCCGAUGCUCAUUCUUGUUUAUCCGCUUUUGACUGAGAGCAGUUUCCAUCAAUGGCAACGUGACAUGAUGGUUGUUCUUGAAACAAAGAACAAAGAGAAUUUCAUUACUGGUUAGUUUCCAUGUUUUCCAAUCACCGAUCCCCUUCAUGAUGCCUGGCGUAGAUGCAAUCGCAUGAUGAUGGCUUGGCUUACGCGAUCCAUGAGUCUGUCGAUAAAGAAGUCUGUGAUGUGGAUGGAUACUACAGCUAAAAUGUGGAAAGAUCUCAAGGAUCAAUUUUCUCAUUCUGACAAAUUUCGCGUUGUUGAUCUUCAAGAUCAGAUCCAAAAUUGCAAGCAAGGUGAUUCUAGUAUUUCUGAAUACUAUACACGAUUGAAAAUUCUAUGGAAGGAAAUUGAAAUUUUAAAUGAUGAAUAUUCGCAAGUGCGUGCUCAGAUCAUGAUGAUGCAUCCAAUGCCAUCAAUUGUCAAGAGUUUUUCCAUGAUUCUUCAACUUGAAAGGGAGUUUGUUGGUAACUCUUCCAAACCUUCUUCUCAAGAUUCUAUUGCUUUCACUGUUUCUCAUAAUGAUCAAUCUAAAUACAAUAGCAAAACCAAAAAUACUACCAUAGUGAACAAAAAUAAUACAAAUUCUAGAAAACCUUAUGGAAGGAACAAUAAAUAUUGUGAACAUUGUAAGAAAACUAAUCACAUAGUUGACACUUGCUAUUGGAAGAUUGGAUUUCCUACUGGAUAUAGAAAAUCAAAUAGAGGUAUUUCUUCUAGUUCCGUUGCUUCUGCUAGCUUGGUUGAAGUAGCUCCAGACACAACCUCACAUCAUUCUGACUUGGUUGAAAAUGCUAACCGUGAAUAAAUUAGUUUCUCAAAGGAACAAUAUCAGGCUAUCAUGGCUCUUCUUCAAUAUUCUAAAGAUAAUUCAGCUUCUGUUAAUCAUGCUCAAACCUCAAUUGUUAAUCAUUCAGGUGAUGUUUCUUGUUCAUUUUCAUGGAUUUUGGAUAAUGGUGCUACAAAUCACAUUUGUCCAUUCAAAUCUUUGUUUAAAUUUCUCAAACCCAUAAAACCAAUUACCUUAAGAUUACCAAAUAAUGUCAUUAUCAAUGCUAAUUUUUCUGGCAACAUUCACCUUGGAAAACUGAUUCUUGUCAAUGUUUUCUAUGUACCAGAUUUUACUGUUCAUCUUAUUUCUAUUCCUUGACUUAUUUCCUAUAUCAAUUACAUGGUUAUAUUCUAUGAUAUGCAUUGUUUAAUUGUGCAGAAAUCCAAUUUUUAGAUGAUUGGAGCAGCUAAGCAAUGGAAUGGCUUAUUUUACUUGCAAGACUCAAGUGACUUGGACUCACACGAAUCUUCUUCAAAUCAUGUUUUUCCUUUAAAUUUUUUUAGAUGUAGCUACCACUGAUAGUUCUAUGUUGUGGCAUCUUCAAUUAGGGCAUACUUCAAAUAAAGUGUUAAAGCAUUUGUCUUCUAAAUACAAUGAUAUUGUUUUUUAUUGUUUUCAACCAUGUGACACAUGUCAUUAUGCAAAACAGAAAAAGCUUUCUUUUCCUGUUAGUAACAAAAAAAGUUCUAGAUCUUUUGAACUUAUCCAUGUAGACAUC